AUGAAGAAGACAACUGGAAAGAGACCAUUUAAUGAUGACGAAGAAGAGAUUAGUAGUGAUGCUGAUGAUAUCGACAUUGCCAAAGGAAGGUUGGAUGGAAUGGAUGGAAUCAGUGUUGAUGACGAUGAUGUCAUUGAUCUAGACAAAGACGAUGACAAUGAAGAUGACGAGAUGGAUGAUAUAGACAUGUCAAACAACAAGACAACAUCAACGACAACGACGACGACGUCGACAACUUCGACCACAUCAACUGUUAACAACAGCUCAAACAACAACAAUAAUGAUCUUAUGUUGUUAGACAACAACAAUAUCAAUGGUAUUGUUGACACUUCAAACAUAUGGUUCAUGAAUGAUGAGGAGACAACACGCAACAAGAAGUACAAACUACGGUCAUUCAACAACUUUGAACAAAAGUUCAAUGCAAAGACGACUAUUGACAACCUCUUCAAACAUUACUUCAACGAGAAGCGAACAUUGGACCAGUUCAUCCUUGCAACCUAUCCCCAUUGCGGCACCGUAAAGUGUUCAAACUACUUGUUCAGACGAUGGUACUUUGUUUGCCUGACAUGCUCGAGUGUAACCACUCGCUUCUGUAUAGAGUGCUUCUUGAAUGGUAAACAUCGUGAGGAGAAUCAUAGAUACUCGUUGGUGUACAGUCCUGCCAUCUCAUGUUUGUGCGACUGUGGCGAUGCUGAUCUGAUGAGUCCAAACGCAUUUUGCAAGAAUCAUCGACAUGGCGCAGACGUGGCCAUGAAGGAGCGAUACAUCAACGCAUUCCCGAAGUCACUACGCGCAGGCUUCCAGACAUUCUUUGCCAAGCUCAUUGCCAUUGCCGUAGACAUGGGCGCAACACAAAAGUCGUACAGCAUCCACGAGUCUGAGAUCUCACACAUCAUCACUCAUCUUGGCAAGGCGGCAUCACUCUCGCCUCUAUUCGUUCAUCUGAUUGCCGAGGAGUUUACUCAGCAGCAACUCAGUCCACAAACGUUUGACCUGAUGAACCCCAUACCACUGCAUGCUCAGCAACAACUACAACAAACAGCGACCGAUCAGAAGCGAGUUCAAAAGCGACAAAGAACAACAGCAUCAUCAUCAUCAUCCAACAACAACAACAACAAUACAUUGGCAAUCGAUCAACCUAAUAUGUCGUCAAUUGGAAGUAACACACCUCUUGGCACAUUGUUCACAUCUCAUUUGGACUUCUCCACCAAGUGCUUCUAUCUGUUCGCCGUACUAUCCUAUCACCACAAGCAGUUUGGCCAGGUGUUCUUCCAGCACUACCUCAAACACUUUACACAUUUGAUGCGGCCACAGCCUCGCAUCGCCGUUGCCGAAUCAUGCUAUCAUCUCCAACACUUUUAUCUCAGUCCUAGCUCCAUCCUCAUUCCCUUUGCCACUGGCAAGUCGCCACUCAAUCUAUUACAAAUACUCGUCAAACACUCUAAAUCAACCAUGGACAUAAUGCACGCGUAUUGUAUAAAGAACAAUAUUAUGUCACUAUCAUAUCGAUUCGAGUCAAAGAUGUUCCCGCGUCUAAUGUCCAAUGCACAGUGCGCCACUUACUUGGCAACUAAUAAGCCAUUGCUUAUUGGUUUCCUCGAGCUGUGUCAAUUCUUGCACUGCUUUGUCACACCAGCAUUCAAGUUUGACAACGUCGUGCGUGAGCUGAAGGACCUGAUCCACCUGGAGUUCUGUCUGGUCAACAGCGUCAACCACAUGCUUGCCAACCAACAAGGCGCAGACACACGCGAGCUCACUCAGUUCCUCAUAGUCACGGCAAUGGGUCUCACCAACACCAUCCAAUACCCGCCAGUGCACACACAUCAAACCAACAAGAGUCGUGGCUCACGUCUCAUAUUCCCACUGCCGCGCAUCGUCUCAUUGGCCGUUCUACACAACAAGGAAGAGAACAUCGAAUACUACAUCAACCUGGUGCGCAACACAAACUAUGGCACCGCUCUCAACGACACACUGUUCAACAUCUCCUACUUCCGCGUGUUCUACUACGCGCACUGCUUUGGUGCACGUGGACACAAUGUCGAGGACUCACACGUCAUUGCCACGCCCUCGGACGUUGAGAACUACAACGGCUACUUCACCCAAAAGACAAUGAUGCUGGACUUUUUCACAUUGCAGCUUCUGCUAGCGGCCAUGGGACCGCGCGAGUUCCUCCUCAAGCUAAUCGACGACCCGUUCAGCACGUUCAGCAACAAGACCUCAAACAUCGACCUGCUCAAGACGAUCUUUGAGCUCCUGAUCAACAUCCUGCAGACCAGAGCCAGCCUCCAGCUGACAGAUGAUCAGCUGCGGUACCACUAUGUACAGGCAGCGGCCUCUGGCUUCUUUUACUACACCGAGAUGCUCGACUUUGGCCAGAUGUACAGCAAGGUGCCUCUUGAGAAGAAGAGGCGAAUCCUGGCCGAGGUGUGCAACGACACCACCGCGCUCAAGAUGACUUUGAAGCCCGAGCUGUGGAACCAAUACGACCCCUACUACUGGGGCUUCGAGUAUAGCUUCAAGAUCAGAUUCCUGGAUCGUUCGCGCAAUAAUCUACUGGCCUAUCAGAAGGCCAACAACAUUGCCGAGAGCCAUCCAUGGUUCCCCAUCCAGGCGCCACCCUUGGACGACAGCCUGGCUGGCAUCAACAGGAUCUUUGAGGAGACGACUCUGUUUGAGCUUCUGCAUCACAUCAUGAUGAAGAUCCUGCACACCAACUUCAACUACUUGAAGAACCUCGACCACAAGGUGCUCAACAAUCACUUCCUCUUUGGCAAGAUCUCAGCCACCUCUGUUGUGGUCAUGAACGACAUAUUCUAUCUCUUCCUGAUGGCCCUGCAGCACUUUGACGCAAGCUGUCAGACGAUGGGCGACGCGGCCCUCAGCGGCAUCCACAAGACCAUUCAGGAGUACUUCCAGAUCGCUGAGUCAGCCAAGCCCUCAAAGCGACUCAACUAUGAUUGGCGUGGAAACAACGCCGUAGUGAACAUACUUCGUGCUCACUCACCUUCAUUCUCUGGCGUGCGCAAGAUACAGUGCACGUCCAUCCUAGACAGCCUGUUGCACUAUUGGAAGAGCAACACCGAUGAUCAGAACCCACUGCUACUGUCCAUUCUCAAGCGAUUGGCACUGUUCGACACCAACAUUGAUCACUACAUCAGAGCGCAGGGAGUGGUGAUACAUCUGCAGGAGCAACAGGAGCAACAGCAAAAGAACAACGAGGACGAGGAGCGGGAGGCAAGGAAGCUGAUGCUGGCCAAGAAGAAAGAGGAGAUCAUGAGGCAGAUGAGAGAGAAGCAAGCACAAUUCCUUCAAAAGUCAUCGCACCAACAGCUCUAUGACGAGACUGAUAUGCUCUCUCCUGCCUCCUCCACAACACCAGACAGCACAACCAAUGGCGGUGCGGCCACACCACCAAUCACCUCAACAACGACAACGACAACGACAACAGAAGCGAACACAUCAACAACACCGACAUCCACAACGACCACGACAUCAACCAAACUGACAACAAUACCCGAUCAACAACCUCAUGUACAUGAGGACGACAUCAAGAUAUGCAUGAUAUGCAGGGAUCGCGACAACACGUCUCCGCUGUACACUGUGGCCAGACUGACCAACUGUACGUUGGUCAUGAACCAACGCAUGGUGGCACUCAAACAGAUACACAAUGAUAUACCCGACUCGCCAAUCAGACAGAUGAUUGGCACAUUCCUCGAGCAUGCAGCCACGCCAUCCUACAAGAAGAACGACGACAGGAACGCCUUCUUUGACAAGCGACAGCUGCCACCCAAGGUGCUCAAACAGUUCCCGCUGAUGUCCGAGUUCUUUGCAUCUUACUAUGAGCUACCCAGCUAUAUCACCUCGUGCCUGCACUACGCCCAUCGCUCGUGCAUAUCCCAGUCGAUCCAGAACUAUGAGUUUGGCUUCAGCUGCCCUCUGUGCUCUGCGCAGUCCAACAUCCUGGUGCCGAUCGACGUCAGCAACCUGACAACCGAGGAAAUGGGCCGCUUCUUCCUCAACUUCCAGGACCAUGACAUUGAGGAGGUGUACGAGCGACAUCUGUGGGGCAUGGUCUACUCCAACCUCGAGGUGUUUGAGCUCAAGUCCCGUCUCAUGUCUGAGUACGCCGUCGACGAGAAGGGCCCCUACUACAUCAUGACCGACCUCGAGUUCAAGCAGGAGCUGGCCACACUGCGUCUACUGUUCAGCACGAUCAUCAGCUGUGAGGUGCCGCCCUACUCUGAAGACAUGAUACCAGUGGACGACAAUCUACUCUAUGGCAUUGAUCCAUUCUUCAUGUCCACCUAUCUCAUCUACCUUCGUCGACAUCUCGAUCCAAAGGACACCGUAUUCAAAGGACUGCAGAGAUACAUCUUCAACUUCAUUGUCAUGCGAUCACUCAGCACUGAGACCAAGUCUCACACUCAAGUUGCGACAGCCAUUCGUGCAACUUACAAACAGUUGCUUGGAGAUGAUAAUGGCAAUGACAACAACAACAACAGUGACACCAUCAGCAGCAGCAGCAGCAGUGGUGAACAGUCACUUCGUCGAACACUGGACAACUACCUAUUCCCAAUGCAUCGCAAGAUGUACUUGUUCAGCUGUUUGGCCAACUAUAAGGAGAACCCCAAGUUGCUCAACACAUUGACACUUCAGAGCUACUCAUCAUGGCAGUUCAUCGCCGAUGGCUUGGCACUGCCCUCACUGGACAAGAUAUUGGACACAGACACAUUGGAGGAUAUGAUCAAGUCUAUCUCUCAAUGCAAGAAGAACUCAAUCUACAUCCCCUCGUCCUACAAUCACACGCCAAGAUUCAUGCAUCUACCAGAGAGAUAUAUUGACUUUGUUCUCCGGAACAUUCCAAAGGCAGUCAGUGAGGAACCCAAGCAUCUUUGUCCACAGUGUGAGAGGACCAAGACAUUUGCCUGCAUGAGCUGUGGCGAAUUGACCUGCUCAUCAGAUUGUCCAUACUCAUUCAUAUCGCAUCCAAAGAAGUGCGUCAAUGGACUUCACCAAGUGUUUAUAUUCAUAGACAUCACGACCGGAUUACUUAAAGUUGUGGAUCUGGACCGCGACGUUAUACUCUACAACAAUGACAGCUUUAGCAUCUAUUUCAACGACAGACAUGAGCCCAGUACCAUGACCAACAACUCCAUGACCCUCUCCAACAAGAACCUCCAACAAAUCUAUCGCAAAUGGAUCAAGAUGGUACCAACCAACACUCUACAAUCAAUGGACUUGGAUAUCCCGCACUUUCUGAACCUCUAA